AUGAACUCCCCCUUGCAUCUUAGGGAUCCUGAUGACCUCCUUCUGUGUCCACUUGGAAACUGGUAUUUAUUGCAGGGACUGCUGACCUUCAGGGAUGUGGCCAUAGAAUUCUCUCAGGAGGAGUGGGGAUGCCUGAACCACAGUCAGCAGGAACUAUACUGGGAUGUGAUGUUAGAGACCUAUGGACACCUCCUCUUCUUGGGUCUUGUUUCAAAGCCAGAUCUGGUCAUCUUUUUGGAACAAAAGAGGGAGCUCUGGGAUGUCAAGAGAGAGGAGACAGUAGCUACACACCCAGGUGGGUGGGAAUGA